CAUAGGAAUUAGAAGCUUUUGGCUUUAUUGAGACGUACACAUUUAUUUUUACUUUUUUUACGAUUUAUAAAAACGUCGCCAUGACUACGCUAGUUUUAUCACAAAUCCAGAGUGGUAAUUUCAUAUACUAUAUAACGUAACAUUGUUAAUGGACCAAUUGAAGCAUUGUUGAAAUCCAUGCUGCUAGUAAAAGGUACAAGUAAAGUAUCAAAUUCAAAAAUAUUUGUUAAUACUGUUAUCUGAAGAAGAAGAAGACAUCAAAGUAUCACUGAUGGCUGAUAUAGAACAUGAGUCCAGUCUUGACCUGGGCAAUGUAAUAAAACAUGAGAAGAAAGAAAGUCUUAAUGAAAUAUGUUUGAUAACACAGUCAUGUGAACUACAAGACAUGAAAUUGUCACAUGUAAAAAUUGAAAAGACUGAAGGAGAUGUAACUUCUUCUAUGCAGCCAUUUGAAAACUACAGCCAUGAUCAAACUUGUAAUGUGACCCCAUGGUAUCAGGCAGAUGAUGUUCUAAAGCAGGAGAUAAAAAUGUCUUGUACUUCUGAAACUUAUGAACCAUUGUCCUUAGCAUCAAGACUACUGGCUAUGUCAAAAAAGGCAGACAGAAACUUUUAUCCAGUGCCCAUCAUUUUGCCGAACUUAAAAGUAACUGAACACAUAUCUGUCGCAGAACUGUCAUCAAUGAGUGAGAUAAAAAUCACAAAGCAAGACAAAGAAAUGACUUCAACAAAUGUAUUUGUAAAGGAUAUGAAUGAUCAUAUGGAACAAAGCCUACCCAAUGAAACUGUUUCAGAUAAGACCAAGAAUUCUACGUGCACUGAUAAUCAUCAAAUAAAUAAACUUUUUACUUGUCAAAUUUCUCAAAAAAGGUUUUCUAGCUCUAAAAUAUUACAAAAUCAUGAGUUGAUUCAUGCUGGUGAAAAAACAAAUAAAUGUCAAAUAUGUCAGAAAGAAUAUUUUCAUUCUUCCAAUUUGAAACGACACCAAGAGACUCAUACUGGUGAAAAACCAUUUAAAUGUCAAAUAUGUCAGAAAGAAUAUUUUCAUUCUUCUAAUUUGAAACAACACCAACAGACUCAUACUGGUGAAAAACCAUUUAAAUGUCAAAUAUGUCAGAAAGAAUAUUUUCAUUCUUCCAAUUUGAAACGACACCAAGAGACUCAUACUGGUGAAAAACCAUUUAAAUGUCAAAUAUGUGAGAAAGAAUAUUUUCAUUCUUCCAAUUUGAAACGACACCAACAGACUCAUACUGGUGAAAAACCAUUUAAAUGUCAAAUAUGUCAGAAAGGAUUUACUCAGUCUUUUAAUUUUAAAUUCCACCAACGGAUUCAUACUGGUGAAAAAACAUUUAAAUGUCAAAUAUGUGAGAAAGAAUAUUUUUAUUUUUCUAGUUUGAAACAACACCAACAGACUCAUACUGGUGAAAAAACAUUUAAAUGUCAAAUAUGUCAGAAAGGAUUUUCUCAGUCUCAAAGUUUGAAACUACACCAAUUGACUCAUACUGGUGAAAAACCAUUUAAAUGUCCAAUAUGUCAGAAAGGAUUUUUCCGUUCUAGUAGUUUGAAGAAACACCAACUGACUCAUAAUGGUGAAAAACCAUUUAAAUGUCCAAUAUGUCAGAAAGGAUUUUCUCAGUCUCAAAGUUUGAAACUCCACCAACUGACUCAUACUGGUGAAAAGCCAUUUAAAUGUCCAAUAUGUCAGAAAGGAUUUUGUUAUUCUAGUAAUUUGAAACAACACCAACUGACUCAUACUGGUGAAAAAACAUUUAAAUGUCAAAUAUGUCAGAAAGUAUUUUCUCAGUCUGGUCUUUUGAAACUACACCAACUGACUCAUACUGCUGAAAAACUAUUUAAAUGUCCAAUAUGUCAGAAAGGAUUUUAUAAGCCUAUUCAUUUGAAAAAACACCAACUUACUCAUAAUGGUGAAAAACCAUUUAAAUGUCCAAUAUGUCAGAAAGGAUUUUCUCAGUCUCAUAGUUUGAAACUCCACCAACUGUCUCAUACUGGUGAACAGCCAUUUAAAUGUCCAAUAUGUCAGAAAAGAUUUUAUCAGUCUAGUCAUUUCAAACAACACCAACUGACUCAUACUGGUGAAAAACCAUUUAAAUGUUUAAUAUGUCAGAAAGGAUUUUCUCAGUCUUCUAGUUUGAAUUUCCACCAACUGACUCAUACUGGUGAAAAGCCAUUUAAAUGUCCAAUAUGUCAGAAAGGAUUUUAUAAGCCUAGUCAUUUGAAAAAACACCAACUGACUCAUACUGGUGAAAAACCAUUUAAAUGUUUAAUAUGUCAGAAAGGAUUUUCUCAUUCUAGUUAUUUGAAGAAACACCAACUGACUCAUACUGGUGAACAGCCAUUUAAAUGUCCAAUAUGUCAGAAAGGAUUUUAUCAGUCUAGUAAUUUGAAACAACACCAACUGACUCAUACUGGUGAAAAACCAUUUAAAUGUUUAAUAUGUCAGAAAGGAUUUUCUCAGUCUUCUAGUUUGAAACUCCACCAACUGACUCAUACUGGUGAAAAGCCAUUUAAAUGUCCAAUAUGUCAGAAAGGAUUUUAUAAGCCUAGUCAUUUGAAAAAACACCAGCUGACUCAUACUGGUGAAAAACCAUUUAAAUGUCCAAUAUGUCAGAAAGGAUUUUCUCAUUCUAGUUAUUUGAAGAAACACCAACUGACUCAUAAUGGUGAAAAGCCAUUUAAAUGUCCAAUAUGUCAGAAAGGAUUUUCUCAGUCUCAUCAUUUGAUACAACACCAAGUAGUUCAUUCUGGUGAAAAACCAUUUAAAUGUGACACAUGUGGAAAAGGAUUAUCUAAUUCUUCAUCUUUAAAAAAACACCAACAGUUUCAUUCUGGUGAAAAUCCAUGUAAAUGUUACACAUGUGGAAAAGAAUUAUCUAGUUCUUCAUCUUUAAAUAAACACCAACUGAUUCAUUCUGGUGAAAAACUAUUUAAAUGUCAAAUAUGUCAGAAAGGAUUUACUAACUCUACUCAUUUGAAACAACACCAACUGAUUCAUACUGGCGAAAAACGGUUUAAAUGUUUAAUGUGUCAGAAAGGAUAUGCACUUUUAUAUAAUUUGAAAGUCCACCUACAGAGUCAUACUGGUGAAAAACCAUUUAAAUGUGACUCAUGUGGAAAAGUAUUCUCUUUUGCUUCAUAUUUGAAAAAACACUGCUUGGUUCAUUAAAAUGAUUUUGGGCUUUGAGAAAUCUACCUCCACCACUAGGUAUGAAAUCACAAAAGCGGGUGAUUGGACUAUUGUCCUAUUAUUCAAAAUGGAUCCCAAAUUUUUCCAGCAAGAUCCCUUUAUUAGUAAACAAAACCUUUCCUCCCCCUGAACAAGUUAAAGAAGCUUUUUAGGCUUUGUCUUUAAGCACUGAUUUAAUCUAAUUUAUAAAUAUGUUUAUUUAGAAUGGUUUUUUUUUUUGAUAUAUUGGAUAUGUUAUUAAAGUUCCCCCUCCUCUUUUUAUACUUGAAGAGAAAUGAAAUAAUAUAUUAUAAAACGGAGUUGUAUUUAGUCAAAUAGUUUCUUCUUGAUGUAACGGAUAUCAAUAUUAUCCUGUUCAUAUUGCAUAUGUAAUGAUCAAAGGCCAAAGUGUGGUGGAAGUAGAACAAAAUCUUAUGAGUGAUGAGAAUGAUUAGAUUACUUUUUGAUCACGCCUCUGAUAACUUUCCUUUUGAUGGCCAUCUCUCAAGAUAUCUUUACUUGUAAAUUGUUCUUUCUUGAUUAUGAGUGUCAUUUCAAACCCAGAUGUAAUGUUUUAUUUAUUCUAAUAAACGCUGACUUCAAGAAAUAUGCAACAAUGGCCAAGAACUUACAAAGAAUGUUGUAAAGCAAUACGAAUCUAUGGAUCGUCUUCUGUACCUUCUAUCAAUAGUCAAUCUUAUUGAUUUUAAUUAACCUGCAAAAAAAAAAUGUUUUUUUACAUUAUCUCUAUAUCUAUAGAUGUUACAUUUGUAUAUAUUUUAAUGACAUUUUAUUCUAUUUUUAUUUAAUGAGUCAUUUUUGUUGUCAUAUAAAUGAAAAUAAAUAUAUGAAAUAUUGUUAA